CGCCUUCUAUCAACAGAAAAUACCCGACGUUAGCACCUGCGCGAGGCUCCCUCCGAAGCAGCCUGCGCGGAGUCUCGUGGGUCGGGCACGAGACUUACGGCGGGCCAGAUUUGGGAGGACAACCGCGGCCAUUUACAACCGUCACGCCCACCCCCCCUCCUAGACCUAGAUCAACGCGAAAGCUCUGCAUCCUGACGACGGAGUUGCCGCAGAUUUAGUUUCUUUCUUUUCCUUUUAAAAAGGCCUCCCGUACACAAAAGAUCGCCAUCACCGCGAAUUAAAGUGCUACUCGCAAGAGGGCGGCCCGAUAGCCCCGCCCUCCUCCCUCUCUGGCCUAAGACAUGAACGAGCUGCGAGAAGAAGCGGACGCGGAAGAUGGGACCGAUGGCGGCGCGUGGUUGCUCGUGCUGAGCUCUGUGUUCUUGUGCAACCUCCUCAAAAUCCUCCUGCCCUCCUGCUCUUCUAUUAUAUCCAGAUUGCUACAAAAGGAUGCUGAACAGGAAUCACAGAUGAGAUCUGAAAUUCAAAACAUGAAGCAAGAACUUUCUACCAUUAGUAUGAUGGAUGAAUUUGCCAGAUAUGCCAGAUUGGAAAGGAAAAUUAACAAAAUGACUGACAAGCUCAAGACUCAUGUGAAAACACGUACAGCUCAACUAGCCAAAAUAAAGUGGGUAAUAAAUAUUGUAUUCUACAUUUUACAAGCUGCCUUAAUGAUUUCACUGAUUUGGAAGUAUUACUCCGAACCAGUUACUGUGCUUCCAAGCAAAUGGUUAGCUCCUUUAGAACGUCUAGUAGCUUUUCCUACAGGAGUGGCAGGUGGUGUUGGCAUUACAUGCUGGUUGGUAGUGUGCAACAAAGUUGUGGCAAUUAUGCUUCACUCUUUCAGCUGAGAAGGAAUCACAGUUUAAGCCAUUCUGAGUUCCCUGUCUAUUAUCUUUUCUCUUUUUUUAACAUCAUCUUUUUUUAAUGAAAAGCAAAAUAUGUACUUUACAUCAACUGGUCAAUGUGAUAUCUUAUGAAAAAUGGGCAGGGUUUAGGGUAAAUUAAUAAAGCAUAAAUUAAAUUACCUUUUUGUAAUAUUCCAUUUAUAUUUAUGUAAUGUAUUGUUCUGACUUCUAAAUGUAACCCUCAAGUUCCAAUUCUUAAGUGCUUAUGGUCUGUUAAAAUUGAUAGUUCAGUACAUGUAAUAGUGCAGCCUUAAUACUGUGGUUUCAGGUGUCUCUGUUUUGCUGAUGAGUAUUAACAUAGAUUAUGUACUAAACAUGAGACUAUGUUUCUGUCCUUGGCUAUGUAAAACCUUUUAAAGGUGACAUAAUCUAUCAAUCAAUUCCUUUAUUACAGUCAAAGACCAGCACAGAAUGGUGACAUAAAAAGUAAAGAAGAAAUAAUUUGUCUCCCUUCCCCCCCCCCCCCCAUUUUGGACAUGAGGCUCACUUCACAAAACUUUGUUUUCUUUCAAGAAAUUAUUUUUGAGAGUUUAUAAUGUGGUUUCUUGGUUUGACUUGUAACCUUGUCUGUGUGCAGUUUUCUUCCCUACUAAAAUUUCAGAAUUGUCCUCUUUAUGACUGCUGAAAAUAUGAUGGCUGUUCUCCACUCCCAUAACAAAGACAAUCUCUCUUCUGGAUUUUCUUCCUCCUGCCUUGGUUUUUUCCUUAGGAAAAAAACCUUAUUAAAACUGGAAGACAUUGUCUUAUGUGACAGGCUUUUUCUUGUAUUAGUUCUUGACCCUAUGUUCUGUUCUUGGAAAAAUAAUAUAGUCUUGCAUGUUCGGUUCUAGCUACUAGUGAUGAAGAAAAAUAAGAGGAAAGGAAACUUAUUAAAAUGGACAACACAGGUCCUCUUCUGAAACUGCCGAAUGUCUGCAAGACAUCAGACAGAAGCUGAAGUGUAGCAUUACUAAAUUAGAAUACUUCCUUUUUUUAAACAGUCAAAAUCCCCAGUAUUUCUUUUAUAAUGAAUCUGACAUUUUAGCUAUUGUAAACUGAGCUGCUUGUCAUUGUUGCAGUUUGUCAUUGUUCUACAGAAUAACAUCUGUACUGUAGCACCUGAAGAGCAAUACUUUUUGUAGCUUAGUGGAAUCAUAUAAUCAUCACAUUGGCAUGGAAGACACUCUGAAGUGAGCCUUUCUGUUAAUGCUCUAAGAAUUUUGGUCCAGCUAACUUUUAUUUCAGACUUUUGUAGUUUGGGGAUGUCAUGGCUUAGCCCCAUAAGAAAUCUCAUUUAGAUAUAGGUUUUGGUAAUCCUAUAUAAUAAAAUGCUUGGUGUCUG